AUGGCUUGGCGGCAAAAGGCGCGCGGCGUGCACGGUAGAAUUUUUGCUCCAGCCGCGCGAAGGCUAGAACCACCGCCGUUCCCGACGCCGCCCCCGCCCCCGCCCCCGCGCGCUAGCCGCCGCUCCCGGCGCCGCUCGGUCCCGCCCCCGCCCCCGCCCCACGAGCUCGCGGCCGCCCCCGAGCCGGGCGGGGCGCCGCGCCCGUCCAAGCGCGCGCACCGGGAGGCCCUCGAGGCCGCGCCGUCGGGGAUCGUCUCCGGCCUCGACCUCGGCCUCCUCAACUCCUCCCGUCCAAGCGUGCGCACCGGGAGGCCUUCUGCCGCACUCCAGUUUGCACAUUUUGGUCUGCCCCAAGUUCCUGAUCGCAAUGGAAGCGUCUCCAGGAACCACCCGCCUACCUUGACAUCCGCUUCCCAGCAGCCACCUCUCGACGAUGGCGCAACCAGGUUGUACAUGACGUAUGUUUGCCCGUAUGUGCAUCGAGCAUGGAUCGCGAGGAAUUUCAAGGGUUUGCAGCACAAGAUCUUGCUUGUCCCCAUCGAUAUGGCGGACAGGCCAGCGUGGUUCAGUAAGAUUUAUCCCGAGAAUCAGGUACCCUGCCUAGAGCACAACAACAAAAUGAUAGGUGAGAGUUUGGAUUUGAUCAAGUACAUGGACAACAACUUCGAAGGCCCCAAAUUGAGUCAUGAUGAUCCUGAAAAGCAAGGGUUUGCAGAAGAACUGCUGGCUUAUUCAGACACCUUCAAUCAAGCAAUGAUGUCGGCAUUGAAAGACAAGGGGACAGUGACUGCUGAUGCCGAAGCUGCUCUCGACAAAAUAGAAGUCUCCCUUUCAAAAUUUGGUGAUGGGCCUUUCUUCCUCGGACAGUUCAGUCUAGUGGACAUCGCAUAUGCACCAUUUGUUGAUGGAUUCCAGGUAUUCUUCGUCAACAUAAAGAACUAUAAUACCAUCGCAGGAAGGCCUAACAUGCAGAGAUUCAUCAAGGCUGGAACCGCCGCCGUUCCCGACGCCGCCCCCGCGCGCUAG